AGGAAUUAUGGGUAGAGUGUUGUGAAAAGGGCUCUGGUGUGCGUCCAGCUGCCUCGAAAGGGCAUCGAAGGAAAGAUAAACCUUGAAAAAUAUGAAGAAAGUCGUAAAGAGAUUGGCGUUCUAAGCAUCGAAAGGGAAUCAUGAUUGUUGUGGGUAAUACACCUCAGCCAGAUGCUGCUUUUAAGAUUCUGACACCAUGGUGGGAUGUGCUUACAAGAUAUCUAACUGCUGGCAUAAUGACCAUUGCCYUAACAACUACAGCUCUACAAGCAACCAAAGACAACUUGGUUUGYUCACCAGCAGUGAAAUGCUCUCUAAAGCAAAGUUUUGUGACCUCAUCAGCUCCACACAAGGAURUAUGCGAUAAAAUAAAAUUCAGGCUCAAYAACCAGUCCAGCACAACAGUCAUUACAACAAUGGCAGAUUUUCGUCAGUACAACUUCUUGGAUGCCCUGUGUUUCCAUGAAGGCGUCGAACAGCAGUGGUAUCCUGUGUACUUCCCUUUYAUUCUAGUUGCYGAGGCMUUGGUCCUUUUGUUGAUUGACAAUUUCUGGAUAAUGUAUCCAAAAACAUCAUCAGCUCUGAACCAUUUUAUAACAUUGACAAUGGAGUGCUACAGCAGUGUUGGAACUCAUUUGGAUUUGUUYCAAGAGUUGUCRAAAGUGAAGAAAUCUUUGGAAGAAAAGGCAGAGGAAAAGCCACCCGACCAUGUAGAAGUUGAAAUCAAAAAUGGCGCUGAAUCCAUCUUGUUGAAGUCUGUAGAGACAGAGMAUGCUGAACCAGGAGCAGAAGAGAUAACAGAAGCGUCCUCUAAACCAGAUGAUGAAACAGCAGAGUUCCAUUUUGACAUAUCUGAUGCCAUGAAGGUCAAAACUCUGUUUGAAAAAGUGGGAGAGUUUAGUGAGCGCUAUGGCCACAACCACAAACUUCUCACCACUGUCUACAGAGUUCGUGCUGCUUUUCAAAUUUUAUUGUGUGCCUUUGUCUUGUUUUUUCAUCUUACCAACUUUGUCUUGUUAAAUGAUGUAAUGACGUGUAACCUCAGUAAGAAAGUGUUYGUAACAGAUUAUGAGUAUUUUAUGUGCGCUCGGUUCAUUGCUCCCUAUUAUCGUGCAGUUACUUUGAUUUUUGUGAGUGCAGCUCUAGUCUAUCUGAUAACUAUAGCUUAUGCUUUCAUUUGGUCUGUCCGYAACACCAAGAGAUGGGACGUGUUUGCUGACAUUACCAUUGCAAAYGACAAGGUUCACCUCGGGGGAGACCUUGCUUUUCUUUUCUCCCUUUUAGAGCAGUACAACAAGUUGUAUUGUGACAGGUUGGCUGUUUUCCUGUCUGAAGGGUUGAAGGAAAAAUUAGAUAGAAAGAUUGCAAAGGCAUUGCGCAAGGCUGCAUUGAAAAAGAAGGGUUCUGUAAAAAAGUAAUUGACUUAAUCAGCUAACACCUUGAUAUAAAUGUUUCUACCCAAUUCAAACCUCACAGGAGUAGAUUUGUUCUUUGGUAUUGUUAUUCUGCAGCUGAAUUCUAAGAGGAUUUGAAUUGUGUAGCAAUGGACAAAGCAAUGUGUUAGCCAAUUAGUUUCAAUGCUCCAUCUACAAAAGACAGGUAGUAGAAGUACUUAGCAGUGCACUUACACAUCACUUUGAAACAUUUAAAAUAAUGGAAUAUCCAAGGAGCAAAAGUARAAAGAAUUUUACAGAUUGUAAAUGAUAACUAUUUUCAAUUAUUUUUAUUUCAAUAUCAUUAGCAUAUUUAAAACUAAAGAAGGCAUGCAAAUCAAUGUUAUGUUUUAAAUGUAUAAUGACAUAUAAAAUGAGAAGUUGACUCAAUAAAACUACAUCCGGUCAAAGACUGGA